GCAGCCUACCUGUUCUUUCCCCUCCAGUCCGAAUACUGGGCCAGUCUAUCUGAUUGGCCCAUAGGUGACUCUUCAGAGCAGUGCAUGCCACCACUCACUCGAUCACAGACCAAGACCAUGGACCGGAAGGAGGGAGAAUCCCUCCUGGCCUAUGAGKAACGCCUGGCUGCUUUCAUCCAGGAGGCCAAUGACAGGGCUGCCGCYGCGGCCAAGGAACGUGGUCGGAUUGAGCAAGAAGAGGAGGCCGAGCGACAGAAGGAAGAACAGGACCGACUUCGUCAAGAGGAGGCAGACCUGCAGGCGACAGCCGAACACCGGUCACGCCAGCGGGAACGACUGUUCACGCGGGAGACCGUGAUCGGCGAUGAGGCCGCACAUUGGGUGGAAGUGUUAUCUGCAGACGGGGCCCCGGAGACUGAGAAAGGUCUGUCAGCCCUUGCGCAGGUCUCCCACGACCUCGUGGCCACCUGCGCUCUGCAGCAGGAGGAAAUCCUUCACCUGCAGCAGACAGUGGACCAGAUGCUCGCACGGCUGCAGGCGUUGGAGAAACAGCCAGCUGGUGUAGCAGCCGCAGGGCUUUCAAAGCUUGCCACCCGUGUUCAAGUUUUGGAGGACGACGUCAGCAAUAUCAAGCGUGUGCAUCAAGACUUCAGGACGUCGCAGCAAGCAACGAACUUGCAGUUGGAGAUGCAGGUCCAGGCUGCUGCCACCGUGACGCCCGCCGCCGCAUCCUCCAGGCGACCACCCAAAGUGGAUGACAUUCCAGUUUUCGGUGAUCAGUCCAAGACGGAACCGAUCCCGUGGUGGCGCCAGUUUACUCUCAGGCUCGACAUGCACCAUGUCUCGAACAACGAUCGACAUCCGUGCUUGUACCACCGAUCUGGUGGUGCAUGUCAAGCAUGGCUGGACAACAUCUUGACCAGCCACGGCGUAGCAGUGUCGGAACUGCACACCAAGCCCACUUGGCAGGAGUUGACUGACGCCUGGCACAAGCGAUUCCAAGUAGAGCCGACCGACCUGCAAGCGAUGAACAAGCUCAACAAGCUCCAUCAGAACACGCUGCUCAGUCAGGACUGGAUUACCGAGUUCCAAAGACUCGCCUCCACACCUAACCUGUCGCUCGCAUUCCGCGCCAUCAAGCACUUGUUUAUCAUGCGCUCGUGUCCAACUCUGCAAAACGUGCUGACGCAGAUUGCAGAGACACUCGACACAUCUGACAAGCUUUUCAGCACAACGUCACGGAUCAUUCUCACGAAUAUCGAAGCCCGCAACGCCGGCCAGUCUUCCGCGACGACGAGCGGCACCCAGCCCAAGGCAAAGGUGGCUUGCAUUACUUCUACCGAGGCUGCAACACCAAUCGAGGGUGAAGUGUUGGCAGCUGCCCGGGAUGGUGGCCGGCCGCGCAACAACCACGGCCGCGACAAGACGAAGACUCAGUCCACCUCUACACCGAGCAUCGAAUCAGCCGCCGACGAACCUAGGGCACAAUACGGACUCUCGGCGAAUUCUUAUCGCACGAGACCCAAGUACCCUUACUGCCUUUGGUGCAAUAGCACCAUCCACGAUGUUGAUUGGGUCGAGCGCUUGCCAGACGUUGAGUUGGCUUACAACUCAUCGAUCCAUCCAGCUAUCGGGAUGUUGCCAUUCGAGUUUGAGCAUAGUUCACCCAUCUCAUCGCCGUUGGACGCCACUUUGCCGCGCACAACCGAGAGCGACGACCAUCUUGCGUUCCUUCGUCGCAUGCAAGAGCUUCUUGUCAAGGCACGGGAUCAGAUGUCGAAGUCGCAAAUACGGAUGAGCCGUCAAGCCAACCGCAAUCGCCUUCCUUGCCCGUUUCGCGCCGACGAUCUGGUUUGGGUCUCCGCCGCAGAGUUCAGCCUUGAGCAAGACAUCUCUCGCAAGCUCAUUCCCAAGUGGAUGGGGCCUUGGCGCAUUCUCUCUGCAGUUGGUGAUGAUCCCGAGGGGCCUUCAUUCCGCAUCGCGGUGCCACCUCACUUGCCCGUCCACACGGUGUUCCACUGUUCCAAACUCGCUCCUUUCGUCUCAGCGGAGUCCGACGAGUUUCCCGGUCGACGUACGCAAGACCCUCGUUCCAUGGACGGAUUUUAGGAGGCCGGCUACAUCAUCAACGAUCGGCGCCAUGGCAACAAAGAAACAAAGUUUCUACUUCACU